AUGGAGAAAGAAGACUUCAGAGAGAUCUCAUACGAGGAAGAGCUGCAAAGAGCCAAAUGGUUUAAGGAAGACCUUGAGAAAGGUAAGCGAAAGUGAUAGAAGAACAAAAUAAGGAAAAUCUGUCGAGCAAAGAGUUUGAAAGAAAGCAAAACAAAAUUGAUUCGGCUUUCUUUAGGGCAGUCCACACUUGUGCGGGAACCAGUGCCUGGGUAACGGCAAAAAAUAGCCUUCGUAGCUGGCGGUAUUGUGUAGUAGUCGAGUGAGAUUUGGCGGCGGAGCCGUUGUAAUAUAGUCGAGUGAGAUUUGACGGCGGAGCCGUCACGAGCGACGAAGCGACGAGAAUUUCAACCGCCUCGUCCCUACUCCCUUUUUUUGGAACACGGCUCCGCCGCCAAAACUUUAAUCUCGCACCCACACAAUACCGCCAGCUACGCAGGCUAGGCAAAAAAUAGUGUAGUGUUCGCACCUUGAGUACUCCAGCUACUCCAUUACACCCUGUUUAAGGCCAUUUUGAAACAUGAGCUUAGCAGUGUGUACAAAGCAGUGCAAGACUUCCCCAGAACUAACAAAAACGGUGUGCACCCAGGGACCCGGUGUCCACUUUUGUGCCUAAGUUCUAGAGUAGGUACUUGACUGAAAAGGGCACCGUUCCCGAGCACCAAGUGAGAAAGGUGCCUUUGAUUUGCUUCUUGCACGCUAUAUCCUGCAUGUCGAUUGUACGUUUUUGUUAAGUAAAGGCAAGCAAAAUACAGAACGAUUCUUCACCGGGAAACAAGAAGCACGUUGAAAACAAAAGUGGAGAACAGUGUUCAUAAAAAUAGCAGAAGAAUUUCGAAGCAGACUUCUGUAGAGUAGAGGCCCGGAAAUGAUCUACAUCCCUAAAAUGAUCACCGAAAUCGACCCGCAAAUAACCCUCACACCGAGGUGUUUCCUGUUUUUUCCGUGCUGCCCCUAAAAUGAUUCCCAAGUAAUUCUUGAAAUAAAAACUGAAAUCGGAGAAUUGAAAGGUGCAAAAUAAACGAAAUCAGUAAUUUAAAGUUAUCUUACAUGGACAUCUUCAAUUACAUUUCCAAGAUUUUAAAAAAUGUUAGACGCGUAAAUCAAACGUAUUAUUCAUGACUAUGAAAUGAUGAAUCAAAUUGGAACAAAAUAAAACUUAAAAUAGCACUUAGGGGAUAAAACUAACACUAACUGGAGAGGAAAAAACGUAAAGCAAGAACUCUGCCCAUAAAACACAGGAAACCGACUCGGUACUGACGUUUUCCACUCUUUUUCCUUGAUACGUGUAUCACAAAGGUGGCAUUCCUCGCUGUAAUAAGCUGUAAAAAUGUCGUCGUCAUCCGGUCGCGAAACAGGACAGCAUAUUGACUCCCCUUUUAAAAGGAUACUACAUGCGAGUUACGGGAGCCAAUCAAAACGCGCGAAAAUUAAAAUUGCUAUUCACUGAUUGUUUUCCGCUCUCCUCAUCCAAGGAGGGAUAAUGCGUGUGCAAGAGAUGGAUACCGAUUUUGGGAAUGGGGUUACCUGAGUCAUACCUAAGACACGGGGAUACCCAAAUCACUCCGACAGUGCUCUGAUUGGCAGAGAGGUGUGUGCGCGUGUACGUUCUGACGUCAAGUUCUUUAGCUAUCUUUUGCAGUCCGCAGCUAGUAUUCACGCAAUCACGAUUCAAAAAAGCUAAAAAAGGAAACGCUUUGAGCUAAAAACUUGACUUUCCUUACCUUCAAUAAAAAUCCAUAGUUUGCUAAAUCCUUUAUUUAAAACAUAACGGUAAGAAUGAAGGCCAAUCGUUUUUACACUAAACGUUUCUUUUUUCUUGAAGGUGGAUGGAGUGAAGGUCUCCACACCCCAGGAGUCUCUACGUUCUGGUUCAAAACAUUCCCAGAUAUGGAAGUGCCGAUAAAAGCCCUCUUCACGAUGGAAAUUCCAGUGCCAGCAGAGAAAGUGGUAGAAAUCCUUGCCCCUGCCAAUGUGAAGUACCAAAGAGAAUGGAAUGCAGCUUUCCCGGUUAACGAACUCAUUGAAAACUAUAUCGAACAAGAAGGAGGUGGAAGCUUAUUGUAUACCGUACUCAAGCUUUCUUGGCCUCUUACUAAUCGAGCCUACCUCGUUUUCAUUCCACCCAGUAAAGAAGUUGAUUGGUAUGGCAAAAAAGCGUUCCUUCUGCUUCAGAAAAAUGCGUGGCAUCAUUCAAAACCUCCAGGCGCUGACGGGUUUGUCAGGUAAUAGAGCGGUUUUCAUUUGAGUGUCGAAAAGUAAUUGGUUUUGCACUUUCUACACGAUGCGAUUGGCUUAAAAGAUUCGCGCCACCUUUUCAUCCAAUCAGAAGUAAAACCAAAGCCAAUUGUGACGCGCUCGCAUGCAUUUUCUCGCGCUUUGCGUCAGCCACAUGUAAUUACUUCGAGUUUUGAUUGGUUCAAUGUAUUGUCUGUGUCCUAUGUGAUUGGCCAGAGUAAUUACUUUGGUUUUGGUUUUACGACACUCAAACGAAAACCACUCUAAGAAGAGUAGACACUUAUUUUUGUCAGAGACUAAGCACAGCGAGAGAAACACUAGCACAUAUGGGUAAAAGCCUUCCGCGUGACCCAUCUCUUCAAGCUGGAAACGUUUUCAAUCUCCUGAAUCACGUUCGACUGAGAUCAGUUUAACUCGGCGCUUAGUCUCUGAGGAAACGAGGCCGGAUUGUUUAGUCGUAUUUGCUAAACAUGAAAGAGGAUGACAUGAGCUGAAAGAGAAAGUUACACUCUCUAAGUCCGGAAAAUAGUUCUCCUUAUAUCGGUACCUUUCGUUAGCUCGGUUGAAGGACGGCCGCGAGUUUAUGAAUUAAAGUGCAUUGCGUUGUAUUCAGUCGCCGGUGUGGUGUGCAUUCUCUUGUAUGGGACCAAUUCCUGGAAAACAAGUAAGACGGAAUGAGAUCUUUAAUUUUUAAGCUCAAAUCUUUAAUGUUCUGAGAAGACGCUGAACUCUUUCUAAAGCAUGCUUGAAGAUUUACCGUAUCACCAUGGAAAAGUUCUAUAAUACAGCUUAGAAUGGAUCUUGCAGUACGGGCAGCACCCAUAACCAUCAGCGACAAAUAGAAUCAGAAAUAAAAGUUACCAAGACAGAAUACACGAGAGCAAUAGACCAAUUUCGAUAAAUUAAAAUUCAUACUUGGCAACUAGGUUAGGAGAUCGAACUGAAACAAAAAAAAAAGUUUUAUUCACUGCCGAAGCCAAGAUUGAUUCUUUUGUCUUAUUGUCCUUAGCCUUGAAGUCAAGUUUGAAUUUUAGUACAUCAAAAUUGGUCUAAUUAGACAGCUUUUAAAAACGCAAGCGAAGUUUCGGUUUUGCUCAAUCACUGGUCAACAACGUUUAACUCAUUCUCGUUUUCAGUCGGGUAAAUUGUUACCGCAAGAAUACAGUAUUAUUUAACGCCAUAUAUCACAAUAACUUUAUGCCAAGAUUAUUUAAUCAAUCAAUCAGGUCAUUUUCAGAACGAGGCUAAGUGCAAAACCUUUCUUGUGAAAAUGAAUUUGAUUUGCUUGAUUUGCAAGAGGCUGAAAAAUCAUUUUCAUAUCAAUAGCUCUUCACUUUGCCUCGCUUUGAAACAGAGGCUUGGGGAAACUAGGAAAAGGCCUAUUGCGUGCUAAACAAACGGGUGGGUAAUCUUUUAUUGAAAGUAAUAUUCGGGUUUGGUUUGCCGUGCCCUUCAUCAUUGGAGAGAUUGAGGGGAUCAAUGGCCCACGUUCGAUAUAUUAAAAUUCUAACAUGACUCCGAGGCUUUAGGGUCAAAAUUGCAAAUUUUUCAUGACUCCAUUGUCUCGCAAUUCCCAGAAGAGACUCAGACUCGUACCCAGUCGCUAUUUAAGUGUUUUUUGGGGUGAGAGAAGAUUGGGGAUUAGGUUGAGGCGCACGCGGGGUCUCAUGGGAAGAGAAGAAGGAAACCCGCACGUAACCCGCACGUGCCUUAACCUACUCCCCAAUCUUCUCUCACCUCAAAAAACACUUAAAUAGCGACUGGGUACGAGUCUGGAAGAGACUUGAGCACAAGGAAAACUAAACCAAAUAUAGAAGAAUGAACCUGGAAUGAACAGAAAGCUUCGGAGUCAUGUUAGAAUUUUAAUAUAUCGAACGUGGGCUAUUAAGACAAUCCAAAGUUUAUUUAAAACUGCUCCGACCUAGCAGUUUUGGCUGAACUUAUUUGUUUUGUUUGUUUGAUUUUUAACUCAUAGGGCAACAAACGGAGGAAACUUCUCUUUGGUCAUCCCAGACGAGGAAAAUCCAUCUGGCGCAUGCAAGAUGUUCAUGUUGCGAAAUAAUAAUUAUAAUGGUUGCCUACCUAAUAAGGGAAUCCAGUUCCUCAUAGCAAAAACCCUUCCUCCUAAAUUUAAUCUCUGGAGAGAAGGGAUUAUUGAUGCCUACAAAAGGUUCUUUAGAGAAAAGAUCUGA